UCCAUGGCUUUGGUGUUCGCCUGUCAAGAGCUACAGAGACUGACGCAAGCUCGCGGAGGAAGGGGGCCUGGCACGGAGCAGAACAAGCCUCUCGCCGGACAAUUGGAACAGGAAGCGAGGAAGGAAAGGGUCUUUCACCCGGAGGAAGACUGGCAAACUCAUUGGGAUUGUGACAAGACAGCCACACAGUAGCUCUGAGAGACCACCCAUUGUAAGAGCAUCAAACACACACACACGCUUAAAGAGCGAGAGAAGUGGGGAGAAGGACAGAGAGGCUGGAACCUCAUUAGUCACAGACGAUAAGGAAACGACAAGAAGGUCCCCCAAAAGAUCAGAAGAUGAACACCACCCUGUCAAACACUUCAGUCGUCAGUAAGUGUGUCCGGGACACCAGUGUGACAGCUGUGGUGUUCCCCUGCCUGUACAGCAUCCUCUUUAUAGUCGCCCUGAUACUGAAUUCCCUGGCUGCCUGGAUCUUCUUCAACAUCCCCAGCACCUCGACGUUUGUCGUCUUUCUAAAAAAUGUGGUGGUGGCUGACCUGCUGAUGACUCUGACCAUCCCUCUGAGAGUCUUGAGCGAUGCAGGCGUGGGCUCCUGGCAGCUACGCGCCUUCUACUGCCGAUACUCCGCGGUCCUCUUCUACAUCACCAUGUACAUCAGCAUCCUCUUGCUGGGCCUCAUCAGCCUGGACCGCUACCUGAAGAUCGUCAAGCCCUUUGGGAAGUGUCCGCUGCAGAAGGUGCGUGUGGGCCAGGUGCUGAGUGCCGUCGUCUGGGUGGUGAUGUUAUCUAUAGCGUUACCCAACACCAUUCUGAGUGACCAGCCGCCAAAGGUCUCUGGAGGCAGGCUGAAGUGCACCUCCAUGAAGAGCAGAGCCGGCCUGAUCUGGCAUGAGGGAAUCAACUACUUCUGUCAGGUGGUGUUCUGGGGCACUCUGGCCUUGAUGGUGGUUUGCUACACGUUCAUCAGCAAAAAGGUUUAUGAGUCAUACAAAGCCUCAAAGAGCAGGUCUCAAGCAGCCAGUCGCAGGACUAAAGCAAAGGUCUUUGUGGUGGUGGGGGUGUUUUUCGUCUGCUUCGCCCCCUUUCACUUUGCCCGUGUCCCCUACACUCUGACCCAAACCGGCAGCUUGGCGGGUUUAUGCCGGGCACAGAAUGCACUUUACAUCGCCAAGGAAACCACCCUGUGGCUGUCGGCCACUAACGUAUGUCUGGACCCGCUUAUCUACGUGUUCCUGUGUAAAGUGUUCAGGAAGAGACUGACAGCCACACUCUGCCGAAGGGCGCUCCCCAAGGGUGGCAUGGAGUCUCCCACGGCAACGUCAACUCAGCUGGAGAUGUCACAAAUGGCCCAAAGUAACAAACUAACAUUUAACGGGCUGCCACAGUAACAAAGUCUAUAAAUGGAUGACGGGACAUUACAAAUAAAGAAUGUGUUAUUCUACUUGUAAAUACAAUUGUAUCUCUGUGAAAUAGGUAGUGAAAUUCAUGUAAUGUGAUCAAAAUGUAAAGAAAUGUCAGGAGGCGUUCCUGAAGUUUCAUGCCAACAAUGACCACUGCUUUUGGUACAGUAUGAACCAAGCACUUCUGCUACAUGUUUGCAGAGUCAUCCCACAAGUUUCCUUAAUGGUGCUUACUGUCAUUUUCUUUGCUUCCUUGUUUCUAAUCUCGUCGGAACGGCACUUUCCCGUCUCAAAAAGUUUCCAUUCUCCGAUGAUUACGCCGCGCACACAAGGACCGGGUGAUAACAAAGUGGGCAAAGGAGCAGAGGACAGCAACAGGCACUGCUUACAGCCAUAACUUCUGUGUACUAUAAAUAACAAUAAUAAUAAAAUUUAUAUAUUUCAUACUACAACUGCAUGGCGUUCGACUUGAAUGCUGCUGAGGGGGUAGGAAAUGAGCCUAAAACAUGUGACAAAAUGACCUUUCUCAGCUGUCUUUAAAACCUUCAUCGACACAAGAUCAUGAGCAAUGACUGCAUAAAUGCACACGCAGCACCUCUCCUCGACCACAGAAGUCUAUACAGAUGGCGAUGAUAAUGAGUCAUAUUUCAUAACAUGCUAGUGUUAUAUAUAUCCCAUCAGAGAAGAAAUAAAUGGAUGGUUCAUGUAUUUUUAUGUACAGGAAAUGUGAUGUGCUCACUUUCAGGUUCAUAAUCACAGGUUUACACGCUUUGACGCUCAUGAAACACAUGAGUUUUCUCAUACUGUCCGAUGCAACAGCUCUGUAUUCCCCCUCUGUCUGAAACACUCAUAAAUGACACCCAUAAAUUUGGCAAAAGUGUGACAUGGUAAUGCAACGUGAUGUCCUUAAGUCAUGGAAUUAAAGGCGGGACAACUGACAUGGCGUUUAGGAGCAGUUCUUUCGGUGGGAGAGAGGAGCUCCUGUUCGUGCAGGUUUUGCAUGGAGAAAAACACAUUAAGUCCCCUUUUAAAUGAUUACUAAUUAUGGUCCUUCUCUUGUAGUUAGCAUGACUCGAGAUAAUGAUUCAUUUAUCACUUGUGACAACUCUAUGAGGCACUUCUGAUAAAGUUUGAGCAAGAGGCCAACAAGCGGUAGACACAUAUCACUCUGCUGGAGAUUAGGUGAUUCUAUCUAUGGAAACCAACUAAGGUGGUAAGCAUUUGCAAGAUAGGUAGGUGGGUAUGGCCUUUCGCAAUACUGCAGUUGUGUCAUUGCGUCAUUCAUUUUUGAGUUGAACAAGAGGAGGGAAAAAAAUAGAGAACUGGAAUAAAUUGACUUUUUUAAACACUGCAACAACCGGAAGACGGGUUUCAGGAUAUUCACAAACCGGUUCCGCAGGAUUAAUGUCACCUCCCACCUGAUUUACAAUCGUGUCUGCAUGUGGCUUUGAUUAAUGUAAUAAUGAAAAAUGAUCUUCCUCCAUCCCACCCUCUGUUGGCUACGACAGGGUUGAUAUUUGGGCAGGAAAUUAAUGAGCUACAGAGCGGUUGGAGCGGCGGCUGCAGCCGGGGGGAAGGACCGUUUGUCACCCUCAGAUUAAAUCCUCUGACAGAUGACCCUGCAGUAGUGAAUUAUGAGAAAUUCUAAAUGACAUUCAUGGAAAUUAAAUAAACCCUGGAGAUAGUGUUGCCUAGCAGUGUGCACGGACACAAGUUCAGGGAAGAGGUAGAUAAAUAAGAAGCAGGUGGAGGUGUGAGCUGACAGUUUCAUAUAACUAGAUGCAUGUGGACAGCCUAAUGAAACACGGUGAUACAGCUUGCCUGUCAGAGAAACCUGUCAAGUCCGCCUGUCAGCAAUGCCAAUCAGAAGAGGUUUAUAAGCAGUUUCAUGUCAUGACGCCCCAGGGAAACGGCUUUUAGGGAAGCUUAUUAAAGCUUAGACUUCAGCUUUGGGUCAAAAAAGUCAUUGUGACACAUUGUUCAAAAAGUAACUGAUGAGAGACUCGGAACUGCGUACGUCACUCUUCUUAAAC